AGAAAGCUGAGUGAGCCCAGCGCUGCUCGGAGGGAGACUCGCAAAACGGAAUGAAUGCUGAUACUUGUGUUUCUUAUUGUGAUCCGGCUGCCAUGGAUUCCUACUACAACGCAGCCUCCCAGGGCACAGAAGGCUCCUCGCCUUUUAGGGCAUUUCAAGCAAGUGACAAGUUCAGCCCUACUUUCCUGGCCAGCAAAGGACAAGGCUUUGGUGACAGCAGCUCUAAGUGCCGGAGCCGCUACAGCCAGCAGGAAUGUCAGUCCCUGGAUGGCAGCGUGCAGGCUCCCGGCUCCACCGGGGCUCCGGCCUCCUUUAACAAAUACCCACAACAGCAGCAGCAGCAGCAGCAGCCGCCGCAUCUCUACAUGCAGCGAGGCCCCUGCAAAACCCCCCCGGAGAACAACCUCAAGCUGCAGGAGAGCAGCGGCCACAACGGAGCUCUGCAGGUCUCCUGUUACGGUAAGGAGAGCAAUUUGGGAGAAGCCGACCUGCAGCCGAGCUCCGAUCCUUCGGGAAUGGACAGCAGCUACCUCAGCGUGAAGGAGGCCGGGGUGAAAGUGCCCCAGGACAGGGCCAGCACGGACCUGCCCAGCCCCAUGGACAAGGCUGACUCGGAGAGCAACAAGGGCAAGAAGCGUAGGAACCGCACCACCUUCACCAGCUACCAGCUGGAGGAGCUGGAGAAGGUCUUCCAGAAGACCCAUUAUCCAGACGUCUAUGCCAGGGAGCAGCUGGCCAUGAGGACAGACCUCACCGAGGCUCGUGUACAGGUCUGGUUCCAGAACAGAAGAGCCAAGUGGCGCAAGCGGGAGCGCUUUGGUCAGAUGCAGCAGGUCCGGACCCACUUCUCCACUGCCUAUGAGCUGCCCCUGCUCACCCGUGCUGAGAACUACGCCCAGAUCCAAAACCCCUCCUGGAUCGGCAACAACGGAGCCGCCUCCCCGGUGCCCGCCUGUGUGGUCCCCUGCGAGACAGUGCCCUCCUGCAUGUCCCCCCAUGCUCAUCCCCACGCAUCCGGCAGCGUCUCCGAGUUCCUCGGCCCCGGCAGCCACGUGGGACAGACUCACAUGGGCGGCCUCUUCGGCACGGCCGGCAUGAGCCCCGGCCUCAAUGGCUACGAGCUGAACAGCGAGCCGGACCGCAAGACCUCCAGCAUCGCUGCCCUGAGGAUGAAGGCAAAGGAGCACAGCGCCGCGAUCUCCUGGGCGACAUGACAGCCCAGCGCCGCAGCAGCACAUGGGGACAGCCGAGUACAUCCACCCGCUUGGACUCCAGACAGCAGUUGCCUCCUCGGGGAUUGGAAUGCAGCACUUUUAGCUACCCUUAUAGGCAUAUAAAGUACAUAUGUUAACGUAAGUGGAGUGUUCCCAGCAUGAACGCAGCGGCUCCCGGCUUCCUGGGAUUCGGGCGCGCGGAGCAUCGUCAGUGAGAUCCGGGUUGGGAUGCGUCCCUUCUCACCUCCCCAAUAACCUGGGCAUUCUUGUUCUCCCUGCUCCUUUCUCUGACACCAGAUCUGCCUUUCCAAAGAGGAGGAGCUCGCUGGUGUGUCAGCAGCUUCUCCCAUCCCACAUACACACCCAAACACAUCUUCUCCUCCUGUUGUUGGCAGCGUUGCUCAGAUCUCUUCUGCCUUGGGCAGGGGACUGGAUGGGGACUCUGGCACCAGCAAAGAGACACUUCUGCUCCCAUCCUUUUAGCAGGAGUCACAACUUGGAACAGGGCUGGGAAGAUGCUAAAGGCUAGAAAAGCAAAUUAGCUCACCUUCUACCUUGCUUCCUUUCCAUCCAUAGCACAGAGCUACUGAGCUAGCUACAGAGCCAUAUAGAGCUAUAGAGGCCUAUGAAGGGGAUGCCUCUCUUCCCAACACAUCCCAGUGCCACCACACUGAGAGUCUUUGCCUCUGGUUGCCCACCCCAGCACACAACAGCACAGCUCACUGCCCCAGGGACCAACGGGGGUUUGCUUUGCCAUGGUCAUGGCCGGUGCUGAGGCUCACACAGAUGGUGGGGUAGGAGGAUGUUUCCUUUGGCUUUCCCUGGGUCGGGAAUUGUGAUCCUCAAUGGGAGGGGAGCACAGCUGCUGAGUGGGACUGCUCUGAGGAACACACAGACACGGGUGUGAGGCCAUCGUGUUCCUCAUGUCCUGGGGUUGGACACAGCCCCUCCUGCAGCCCUUCACCCCUGUGGCACACAGACACACAGGGAAUGGGGAAUGGCACAGGGAGCAGGCUGGGAAGGGACCCAAGGCUGGAUCUGCUCCAUCUCCAGCCACUUGGAUCCUCUCCACCAAGCAGAGGGAGCAGGAGGCAGCAGAACUUGCCUGGUUUGAGCCAAUGUGCAUCCCCACUUCUCCUCCCCAGUGCUACCUGGUUAAGAUCCCCUUUGCUCCCAAAGCUUUCCAAUGACCCAGUAGUGCAACCAAUGAUUUUGGAGCAUCCUUUUCCCCACUGAACCCUCACCAAGGAGAAGCUGAGGAUCAGCUGAGCACCCACACAGCGUGGCUAUACAGGCUGAGCUUGAGCCAUCUCCGAGAUUCACAAGGGAAAUACAGGAUUUUACUCCCAUAAAAAUCCAUGCAUCAGCCUGCCCUAUCUCCUCAUGCUCAGUGUUAGGGGAUCUUGUACUUCAGGACCCAGGAAUGUUUAGUGGUGGUGGAAAAGGAUCCAAAUAAGCUACAACCAAAUGGUUUCAGGUUAAUAUACAAGUAUUUCUAGACUGCCACACACUACCUAAACAGCACACCAUUGCUAGAUCCGAUGUAAUACAUAUUUAUUGGCAUAAGACCAGGAUUCCUGUCUCUUUUCUCUCCUCUGAAAUGCCAAGAGAUGCCUUCCUUGGUACUCAGAGGGCAUCACAUUUAACCACACCAUGGGUACAACCAGGGCAUCUCCCACCACAAGCAGCCAGGACCGAUGUCCCAGGCUAAACAUUCAUCUGAGCCAUUGGACAUAAUGGUUUAGGUGCUAGAAGUGAUGCUCAUCACUGAACCAGGCAGGACCAUGCUGAGCAGAUGGAGGUGGACAUCACCCCACUAAGCACCCAGGGACCAGUGGCAGGAGGUGGAUCUCCAGCAGAUGCCAUGCAGGCAGCUGAGCACAGUGUCAGGAGCAUUAUCCCAUGUACAAUGUGAUGCUUCCCGUGGUCAGGAAGCAGUUUCCCAUGGCCAGGAGGCAAUCCCGGGAAGCGCUGCUGCCUGAACAGCCCAAGACAAGGCAAACUAGUAAGAGGCAGAGCUGAGGAGGGGCAGUGGGGCAGGCAGGAACAUGGGGAUGGGUUCCAUAUGGUCUGCAGCUCCAAUGGAGGGAUGUAGCCAUUCAAGAGCUUAGCUGCAUUCCCUGCUGAAGUUAAAGGGUAACUUUUCCUCAUGGACUUACACAGGGCUAUGGUUUCACCUGAGCUGUUUAACAGUCCAGAGGGAUGUAGUGAUAGGACAAGGGAAUGGCUUAUUAUUGAUAGAGGGGAGACUUAUGUUGGAUGCAAGGAAGCUCUUCCCUGUGAGGAUGCUGAGGUGCUGGCACAGGGUGCCCAGAGGAGCUGUGGCUGCCCCAUCCCUGGCAGUGUUCAAGGCCAGGUUGGACACAGGGGCUUGGAGCAGCUGCUCCAGUGGAAGGUGCCCCUGCCCAUGGCAGGGGUUGGAACUGGAUGAGCUUUAAUGGGACAUUAAAAUGGGACAUUCCAACCCAAACCAUUCUGUGACCCUAUGAUUAAGUGCUGUAUCCCCUGUCUUGUUAGAGACAGGAGAGCCUCCUGGCAGCAAAUUGGCAUUUACAUAGGCUUCCCCCCUUCUUUCUCUCACCUUAAAAAUCCAUGUGCAAAGCACAUGCUGGGCUCAAUCCAUUUUAAUCACCAUGUGUAUGCCCGGAUCUGAGCCUGCCUGGAAGCAUCAUGAUCCGAGGGGGAAUGCUGUUCCCUAGAGCCCACUGGCUCCAGGCUUCCUUCCUCACUGCCUCUGCCUCGCACAGCCCCUGUGCCCCCAUCCAUGGGUCAGGCUGCAAGGUGCUCCCUCAGCUACAUCUCCAAAAGCAGCUAUUCUGGCAGUUUUUAAGCUAUGUGCAUCUGUAUUUACACACUUUUUUAAUUAAUU